CGCCGUGCAUUGCGCUGCACCGUCAAUAGGUGGACCCCCUCCCGGAGAGAUAAAACCGCCGGCGCCUGCUUCGCCAGUCCCUCUGGCUCACACCACGGCUCCCGCCCCAUAGAAGCACCGGACCACAACCCCCCACCCCCUGGCAGAAUGGGCAAGGAGAAGACCCACAUCAACAUCGUGGUCAUUGGCCACGUGGACUCGGGCAAGUCCACCACCACCGGCCACCUCAUCUACAAGUGUGGGGGCAUCGACAAGAGGACCAUUGAGAAGUUUGAGAAGGAGGCAGCCGAGAUGGGGAAGGGCUCCUUCAAGUACGCCUGGGUGCUGGACAAGCUGAAGGCAGAGCGUGAGCGCGGCAUUACCAUCGACAUCUCCCUGUGGAAGUUCGAGACCACCAAGUACUACAUCACCAUCAUCGAUGCCCCGGGCCAUCGGGACUUCAUCAAGAACAUGAUCACCGGCACCUCCCAGGCCGACUGUGCCGUGCUGAUCGUGGCUGCGGGCGUCGGGGAGUUCGAGGCGGGCAUCUCCAAGAACGGGCAGACCCGGGAGCACGCGCUGCUGGCCUACACGCUGGGCGUGAAGCAGCUCAUCGUGGGCGUCAACAAGAUGGACGCCACCGAGCCGCCCUACAGCGAGAAGCGCUACGACGAGAUCGUCAGAGAGGUCAGCGCCUACAUCAAGAAGAUCGGCUACAACCCGGCCACCGUGCCCUUCGUGCCCAUCUCCGGCUGGCACGGGGACAACAUGCUGGAGCCCUCUCCCAACAUGCCCUGGUUCAAGGGCUGGAAAGUGGAGCGCAAGGAGGGCAAUGCCAGCGGGGUGUCCCUGCUCGAAGCCCUGGACACCAUCCUGCCACCCACUCGCCCCACGGACAAGCCCCUGCGCCUCCCACUGCAGGACGUGUACAAGAUUGGCGGCAUCGGCACAGUGCCCGUGGGCCGUGUGGAGACGGGCAUCCUGCGUCCUGGCAUGGUGGUCACCUUUGCGCCGGUGAACAUCACCACGGAGGUGAAGUCGGUGGAGAUGCACCACGAGGCACUGAGUGAGGCCCUGCCCGGCGACAAUGUUGGUUUCAACGUGAAGAAUGUGUCUGUCAAGGACAUCCGCCGUGGCAACGUCUGUGGGGACAGCAAGUCCGACCCCCCACAGGAGGCCGCCCAGUUCACCUCCCAGGUCAUCAUCCUAAACCAUCCCGGGCAGAUCAGUGCCGGCUACUCACCGGUCAUCGACUGCCACACAGCCCACAUCGCCUGCAAGUUUGCCGAGUUGAAGGAGAAGAUUGACCGGCGCUCUGGCAAGAAGCUGGAGGACAACCCAAAGUCCCUGAAAUCAGGCGAUGCGGCCAUCGUGGAGAUGGUCCCGGGCAAGCCUAUGUGUGUGGAGAGCUUCUCCCAGUACCCGCCUCUCGGCCGUUUCGCUGUGCGCGACAUGCGGCAGACCGUGGCCGUGGGCGUCAUCAAGAACGUGGAGAAGAAGAGCGGCGGGGCCGGCAAGGUCACCAAGUCGGCGCAGAAGGCGCAGAAAGCGGGCAAGUGAAGCGCGGC